CGGCGGCGGGAUCUCGUCUGAGGGGAUUUCUCCUGAGGGGGCGAGUCUCGCCGUGGGGAGCGCUGGGUCGGGGUCGCGCUCUCCCGCUGCUGGUAGCUUCAGCUUGGCUGAGGGGGACAGGGGGUGUGUGUGGGGGUCUCGCACGGUGCUGCCGCCUCUCCCCGUCCCUUCCCUGCUCCCUUCGCCCCCUCUACCUGCCUCCUCACCCCGGCGGAGGUGCUGGCGCUCCGCGGGCGAUAAGAGCGGUUUAAAAGGCGGUCGUGAACGUGGUGCUCGCCUCGGCGCCUUCCCCAGGCAGCCGGGCUGGUCUGCGCCCUCUCCUUAACGCGCUCCGUAAAGCUCGGCAAACAGCACCCACGCUGCUGGUAACUGUAAGGUACACGCAAAACACCCGGGUUAAUUUGCGAAAAAAAUAAAAUAAAAAUAAAAAAAAAUAAAAUGAAAGAGGAAACAAGAGGAAGGUUGAGAGAUCAGUCAUUUCCUCGUCUGGUGGCUGCAAUCCUCUGACGUUAAGCCGCAGGCUGUGAGUUUAGGUCAGAGCUACUGUCCAAGAAGUCUUGUAAUAACACGAAAUAACUGCUUUGCGCUUUGUUACUAGCUUCAGCCCAAAGAUCUUCAAGACCUUUCCAAAACCUUGAUUGAACUAUUCACCACCACCCCCCAGUUUUCUGGCAAGGAAUAAGAUUGUGCCUUUCCCUGUGUCAGUAUUUUUCAACUUCUGGUCUGUGAACUGUUGGGAACAUUUUGAACUCCUUAGAAGGGAUCGGUGAAAGAAGCAGGGAAAGCCAGCCAGAAAAGUUGUGCCCACUGCCUAUUUACUCCCUGCUGCAUCAGGUUUUUCAGUGGAGUUUGUGGAACUGUUUUUCCUUGGCUCCUGCUCCAUGAGAUCAACUAUGGAACAUGCUCAAGAACAUGAAGCAUGUCAUGAGCAAACCCAGGGAUAUUGUGUGAAGAGGCCAAUAUAUAAUCAAGAGUUCUUGCAAGGACAGCUGCACAAACGAGAAAGAACACCUCAGACUUUAAGGCAGAAGAUUGCACAUUCUUGUCGUUGUUCUUCUAAGAAAGCCAAGUCUCAUCUUUACAGUUUCUUACCAAUUUUAAAAUGGCUUCCCCGUUACCCAGUGAAGGAAUACUUACUAGGAGACAUUAUCUCAGGUAUAAGUACUGGGGUUAUGCAGCUUCCUCAAGGUUUAGCUUAUGCUUUGCUGGCGGCUGUUCCCCCAGUAUUUGGCCUAUAUUCUUCAUUUUAUCCUGUCUUUCUGUAUACAUUUUUUGGAACCUCCAAGCACAUAUCAAUAGGCACAUUUGCUGUGAUUAGUAUGAUGGUUGGCGGUGUUGCUGUGAGAGAAGUGCCUGAUGAAAUUAUUUCUGUAGGCUAUAAUACUACUAAUGUUACAGAUUUCCUUGAAUAUUAUCAUGCUAGGGAUACCAAGAGGGUACAAGUAGCUGUGACUCUCGCCUUUCUUUCAGGAAUUAUCCAGUUGUGUUUAGGUCUCCUUCGAUUUGGAUUUGUAGCCAUCUAUCUAACAGAGCCUCUGGUGCGAGGAUUUACUACUGCCGCUGCAGUUCAUGUCUUUACCUCUCAAUUAAAGUAUCUCCUUGGCAUUAAGACUAACAGAUACAGUGGUCCCCUCUCAGUUGUAUAUAGCAUAGCUGCUGUGCUUUCAAAAAUAACAACGACCAAUAUCGCUGCAUUGAUUGUAGGAUUAACGUGCAUUGUUCUACUGUUGAUUGGCAAGGAAAUCAAUCUCCGGUUUAAGAAGAAGCUCCCGGUUCCUAUUCCUAUGGAGAUCAUUGUGGUAAUUAUUGGCACAGGAGUUUCAGCUGGAAUGAGUCUGAAUGAGUCAUACAGAGUGGAUAUCGUUGGGAAUAUUCCUCAAGGGUUACGUGCACCAGCAGUUCCCAAGAUCCAGCUCAUUCCAGCAAUAUUUGUGGAUGCAAUAGCAAUAGCAAUAGUUGGAUUUUCAAUGGCUGUAUCCAUGUCCAAGAUCUUUGCCCUUAAACAUGGUUACACCAUCGAUGGGAAUCAGGAACUUAUUGCCUUGGGAAUAUGCAACUCUGUGGGGUCAUUUUUUCAAAGCUUUUCAAUCACUUGCUCAAUGUCUCGGAGUCUUGUUCAGGAAAGCACCGGUGGGAAAACUCAGAUUGCAGGUGCUCUCUCUUCAAUUAUGGUUCUGUUGGUAAUUGUGGCUAUUGGAUACCUCUUUGAACCGCUUCCACAGACGGUGCUAGCUGCAAUUGUCAUGGUGAACCUGAAAGGAAUGUUUAAACAGUUUGGGGAUGUCGCUCACUUCUGGAGAACCAGUAAAAUUGAGCUGGCCAUCUGGGUGGUAGCUUUUGUGGCUUCUCUUUUCCUGGGACUAGACUACGGUUUGCUUACUGCAGUAGCGUUUGCAAUGGUAACUGUUAUUUACAGAACACAAAGCCCUCAGUACAGAAUCCUUGGUCAGAUUCCUGACACUGACAUCUACUGUGAUGUGGAAGAUUACGAAGAGGUUAAAGAAUAUCCUGGAAUAAAAAUAUUUCAAGCUAAUGCAUCACUUUAUUUUGCCAAUAGUGAGUCAUAUACAAGUGCACUGAAGAAAAAGACUGGAGUGGACCCUUGUGCCAUAUUGGCAGCAAGGAGAAAAGCCCAGAAGAGGCACGCCAGGGAAAUAAAGGCAGCAAAUGAAAUCAGAAAGAAAGCUGUAUUGAAACUAGUGAAUUCUUCGACUAACGACGUGGAAGCAAGUGUAAAGCAUGAGAUAGCAAAUGAUGAGUUACCUGUAAAUGGAAAAUUUGCAUCUGCAGAUGCUAGUGCACAAGACAUGUCUCCUGAUGAGCAUGAACAUUUUGUGGACCCCAAAACAAACAUCCACUCUUUAAUUCUGGAUUUCACACCAGUGAACUUUGUGGAUUCAGUCGGAGCGAAAACAUUAAAAUCAAUUAUAAAAGAAUACAAAGAAGUUGGUGUCUGUGUCUGUAUUGCCAGCUGUAGUGACCCUGUUAUGAAUGAGCUGACAAGACUGAAUUUUUUUGAUAACACUGUAACAAGAGAGUUGCUGUUUCACAGCAUUCAUGAUGCUGUCCUUGCUCGUCAAGUGAAAGACAGGUCUGCCUCACAGACUGACCUUGACCUCUGAAGAGUGGCAUCGAGCAAAAUGGAAGCCAGAUUUACGCUGAUGGAGACUCUUUCUGAAUAUUUAAUUUGCACAGUUUAAAGAGA